ACAAAGACAGACUACACAUUCAUUUGCACACUGUUCACCAGUCCUACAGGUUUUCAGAGAGCAGGGGUCAGCGUUAGCACAUGGAUAAGAAAGAGGAUCACUCUCAACUGGGAAUAUCUGGCUGCAACAUGGACCUUCACUGUCCUGUAUGUUUACACAUAUCUACCUUUCCUGUGAAGACUAAUUGUGGGCAUCAAUUCUGUGCACCAUGUCUUAUAUCUUACUGGAAACACAGUCGCUGGUUAGACGCCAUUAGCUGUCCUUUGUGCAGACAGAAGGUGAGCAUAAUGUAUCAUCUUUUUCAUGAGAACAGAACAGACAGGAAAGGGGGAGAGGUACUGAGCAACAUUACAGAUUAUAAUAGACGCUAUUCUGGAGCUCCACGAAAAGUUUGCGAUUACCUGUGUGAUGCUCCACUUUUCCUGCUGUUGCUGUUCCGGGCCUUGGGAAACAUGGGUGGUUUAGUAUGGCUCUUUCUGCUAAGAGUAGCCCUGUGUGGGUUUGGGGCAGCUGCAUCCCUUGUGUCCCCGUUAGAAGCCAUACCUGGACCCUUUAGUUGGGCAUUGGGGCUUUUAGAUGACCUAGUGGUGGUCUUUCUCCUGCUCAUUUCCAUCAUCAACAUUCAACAGCAGAUGGUGCCAGAGAGGACAGCCCGAACACACACGGAAGCUCAAGGAAUACUGUCUGACACGCUUUGAUUUAAAAUGGAGGACAAAGGACACUGUAUGGCUGAUAGCAUUAUUGUACUCUGUGAACUCCUGAAAACUGUCCUAGCUGUAAAGACAAUACUGCUUGUAAAAAUCAGUUCCAAUGUCUACACUUAAUAUAUAUUACACUGGUCUGCAUCAGACUACACGCUGAAACACUGUAUUUUUUUGUAUACAAUUAGUCAGAUUGGUUAAAAUCACUAAAUAUCAUGCUAAACAUAUACAUGUAUUUAUGUCUCAAUCUUGAAUUAAAA